AUGCCUGUCCCUGAACCUCCUAUACCAUCUCCAGAGACUCCUUCUCCCAACUCACCCGAGCCUCUUCUCUCCUCACCUCCAUCUCCUUCUAUCUCUUGUCCCUGCCACACCAUCACUCGACCCGCCUAUCUUCAUGACUAUGUUUGUCCUACAUUCCAUACAAAGCCCACGACAUAUUCACCUGCUAUACAGGCUUCAGGUUUCCUUCGGUCUCAGGGCGAUCAUUCUUUAUAUACUCUUUUCACCUCCACCAACAUUACUCUUGUUCUUAUUUAUGUUGAUGAUAUUUUGAUUGUUGGUAACGAUAUCUCUCAUAUCGAAGUUUUCAAAAGACUCGUUUCCACCCAUUUCAAAGCCAAAGAUCUUGGUUUUUUGAAAUAUUUCCUCAGACUUGAAAUUGCUCGCUCUCACAAAGGUAUCUUUCUCAAUCAGCGCAAAUAUGCUCCUGAUAUUCUUUUCGACAGUGGACAACUUGGUGCUCGAACUAUCCCUUUUCCUAUAGAACAACACUUGAAACUCAGCACUGAAGACGAUGAUCUCCUCACCGAUCCUUGCACUUACAUAUGCCUAGUUGGACGACUCAUCUAUUUGACCAUCACCCGACCUGACAUUGUCUAUACAAUCAAUAUUCCUAGUCAGUUCAUGCAUGAUCCUCGAGUUCCUCCCAUGGCUGCCGCUACUCGUGUUUUUUGUUACAUCAAAGGUUGUCCAGGCCAAGGCAUUUUCUUCUCUUCCUUUAGUAGCAUGCAUGUCACAACAUACAUUGAUUCUGAUUGGGCUAGCUAUCCCAUCACCAGAUAUUUCAUUCAGUUAGGUACCAAUCCAAUCUCAUGGCAUACAAAGAAACAGACUACAGUAGCAAGGUCUUCCACUGAAGCUGAAUAUCAAGCUAUGGCCGUCAUAAUCUGUGAACUCACCUGGUUGAAGCAACUUCUCACUAAUCUUGAAAUUUCUCAUCCCGAGUCCUUCACCUUACAUUGUGACAACCAAUCCGCUCUCUAUAUAGCGCACAAUCCCGUGUUCCAUGAGCGUACCAAACACAUUUAG